CUGCUGGGAGCGAUCAUGAAUCAUAAUGUCGAAGAAGUCGAAAGAUUGCUGAAAGCUGGUGCAAAUGCAAACGCAACGUGUCGUUUAGACUUCGUAUCAGCUUGUCACAUGGCCGCCAUUAUGGGAGGAGACGCUUUGGAGUUGCUAGUCAAAUAUGGAGUAGAGAAACACAGGCAAGAUCGACUUGGUCGAACACCGCUUCACUUAGCAGCUUAUGCUGGAAACGCUCGACAGAUGGCUAUUUUAUUGGACUUUCCAGAAGAUAUGCAAAAGCGAGUAGACAAGGAUGAUAUGUCAUCAGAAGCUGAAGAAGAUGUCAAGAAGAUAAGUCAGCUGACAAAAGAAAUGGUCAACGUAAGGUGUGAUUUAGGAGAAGUAAACGUAGUUCUACCUAAGGAAUGGAGGGACAAUAUAGACCACAACUGUAUGAGCAUAAAAGGAACGCUACCCUUGUUGAGACCUGGUUGGACACCUCUACACGUUGCCGCCUCAUGUGCUCGUAAGCAAUGCACUAGACUACUACUAGCAGCCGGUGCAAAUCCUAAUAUUUGCGAUAUCACGGGCUGUACACCUCUAGAUGUAGCUGGGUCUGCGUAUUAUCAUGAUAAACAUACUGAGUCGAAAAAUUUUACAGAGGUCGUGAAAAUGCUAUUAAGUGCCGGUAGUCAAUACAACAGUAUGAAAGCUGAUGGCCUAAAUAUGAAUACUCCGUUGCAUACAGCAGUUGAGAUGGGUAACAUCGAUUGUAUAAAAGCAUUGCUAGAUGCUGAUGUGUCAAUUACUUGUCUUAACUCUGCCGGUCUAACGCCUUUACAUUUAUGCGUCAAACAUAAGCUGGAGGAGCCUUUGCAGAUUUUAGCCAAUUACGCCUACAAAAAACCUGAUCCACUAACAGCAUCUGUGGAUGUUAAAGAUAAGGAAGGGCAUACAGUUUUACAAGCAGCUGUAGAAGCUGCAUGGGUACCGGGUGUAUGCAUCGCUUUGGAAGCAGGAGCUGACGUUACAAUUAAGGCAAAUGAUGGAGAAACUCCUAUACAUUCAGCAGCCACGCUCGGAGAUCUAGACGUGCUUAAUGAAAUACUCAGUUUAGCUAAACAGACAGAUUUUAUUGAUUAUAAAAACGAGGAAGGAGAAACGCCUUUAUUUAAAGCAAUAAUACAUGGUCAUUUAAAAUGUGUAGAAGCACUUCUCUAUGAAGGAGCAUCGAUUAAUUUAACUAUGCCCGGUGAAAUCAAUGUCAUACAUACCGCAGCAGAGCAUGGACACUUAGAGAUUUUACAAUUUUUAAUGGAAUACGAUGAUGGUGUCGCGGAAGAUAUGAUUAAUUCUUUAACAGAACCUGAUACAAAAGGAUUUGGUCCAAUACAUUUCGCAGUGUUUAAUAACAAUCCAGAAUGUCUUAAAUAUCUUAUAUCAAAAAAUGCAGAUAUAAGGUUAAGAACGACUGCUACACCUUACAAAUCAUCGACCCCUUUACAUUUAGCGGCAAUGAAAAAUUUCGAAGAAGUUGGAAGAAUCAUUUUAGAAAAUGAUAAAACAACUAUUCACGAAGUUAACGGUAUUGGAUGGUACCCAAUACAUACUGCGGGUCACCACGGUAGCAGAGAUCUAGUAAAGCUUCUGUUGCGAGAAGGAGCAGAUCUCUCUGCGUAUACUGAUGGUCCAAAGAAAUAUAGAUUAACGGCAUUUGAAAUGAUUAUGGAUAAUAUAUCGAAACCUACACAAUUUUUUGAAGACGUAUUUGACUCAUACAUCACAUCAAAUUCACAACAUUUUCAAGACACCAAAUGUGAAGUGUCUGUAGAUUAUAGAAUAUUAAUGCCUCGUGUCUGUGAAAUGCAACAAAUGAAAGUAAUAAAGGCUCUGCUAAACACAGGAAAUAGACACGGGCAAAGAAAACUCCUAGUCCAUCCCUUAGUGGAAAGUUUCCUUUAUUUAAAGUGGAAAGCUUUAUUGCCAUUUUUCUAUGUAAUAAUAGCUGUGUAUGCCUUCUUUGUGACGUCGCUAACAACAUUCGUUAUAGGAAUAUUCUUCUACAAGGAUACUAACACCAGUCCACCUCCGAUUCUGAAUCCAAAUGUAUGGGGCUAUAUAGUCUAUUGUACUAUAAGCUUAAUAGUCAUACAGGAAUUAUUCUAUAUGAAUAUAAAAAGUAUCAAAUAUUUUAUACAACUUGAAACUUGGAUAAAAAUUUGGUCUCUAAUCUUAGCGGCUAUUUUACCUAUCCUCACCACUGUUUCAUCAGUGGCUAAUACUGAGUGGCCUAGACAUAUAGCCACAUGUGCUAUGCUUUUAUCGUGGAUAGAACUUAUGUUUCUAUUAUCAAGAUUUCCUAAUUGGGGGUACUAUGUACUAAUGUUCGGAAAAGUAGCAGCGAAUGUAAUUAAGAUUCUUUUAACAUUUGCAUUUUUAGUUAUUGGAUUUUCUUUGAGUUUCAUGAUCCAAUUUCAUUCAGAAAUGCCAUUCGAUGGUCCUUGGGCUGCCCUCGUCAAAACUAUGGUCAUGAUGACAUCAGAAUUUGAUUACGCUUCUUUAUUCGAUCAGGAGCACACAAGAGAACUUGCUACGUCACUAGUUAUAGUCAGGCUAAUUUUCGUGGUCUUUCUCAUUCUAGCUGCAAUUGUGCUCAUGAAUUUAAUGGUUGGUGUUGCAGUUAAUGAUAUAAAUGAUUUAGAAAUUUUGGGUAAUAUAAGGCGGCUUGUAAAACAAGUGGAAUUUCUAGGAAAUUUAGACAACUUAGUUUACAACAAGUUUGUUAAUAAGAUCUUACCAAGUCGCCUGAGUCAAAGAAUUCGAACUAAAAGAAAUGUUUUGGGUGUCAUGACGUUUUGUCCGGGAAAACCAAAAUGGCGAUUACACAAUACUCUACCAACGCGAAUAAGAAAUGCUAUAAUAGAUAAAGCGCAGGAACAGAAAAAACAACAAGAAAAUGAAGUAAAUAUGGAAUCAUUUAGAAUGAAAAUUGACGAGAUGUAUGAAACUAUAACGAAAAAGAAAGAAAUUAAGAAGAAAGAAAAAUCAGCGGUAGUUCCAAGAGAAGUGUUAGGAAUGCAAAAUUUAAAUAAAAACGAUAUCAUGGACCGCCUGAAUAAUUUAGACGAUGGUUUCAAAAAAGUGAAGAGUCAAGUAACAGAGUACAUAGAAGUUACAAAAUGUCCGAUUGAAAAUUUGAAUGUUAAAAUGGACCAAAUGUCAUUAGAAAUUGAAGAGAUCAAAGAAUUUUUAAAGAGAUUAGAGUCGAAACUUGGUAGAAUAUAAUCAUUAGAUUAAAUAAGAAUAGUCAAUAAUAAUAUUAUGUUAUGUUGUUAUGUUAUGUAUAAUGUUAUGUUAAUAAAGAGUAAUUUGUACUGGCAA